UAUCCACGCCUGACACAUGUUCGCCCGCACGGAAGGGCUUUGGAAGCAUUUGAAGAAGAAGAAGAAGGAGCGUAGAAAAGAAGGAGAGAACGCUGAAGGAAUACUUAGAAAUAUUUUCCCACAAAGACGUGUUUGUGUGACUCAUCACCGGACCCAGAAGGCAACAGUUUGCUGCGGUGGAUUUCGUGUUUUGUUGGCUUUUAAGAAAUCAACAUUUUGACGCGAAACCACGGACGACGAGGGUUUUUUUUGUUUUGUUUUUUUUUACGCACAGCCAGUCUGGAAGAAGGACGUGACGACGGCAGCUCCUGUAGGUGUAUUCUUCCAACUUGGUCGACUUUGGAGUCAUUAAAAGUGGGCGCUUUUUGCAGAGCUUUUUUGAUGAAGUGGUAAAAAGUGUUGAGGUUGGCAGCUGAGGGAGAAAGUGGUGACAUUGGAGUCUGCAGCAUGCAUGCAUGCAUGCAUGUAUGCAUGCAUGUUGGAUGUGCAAAAAAGUGUGGAUGCUUGCAGCCUUCGCAAGGGAAGAUGGAGAUGUCUUCGGUCCAGACUGCAUCCUCUAACGGUCCUCCCUGCCUAAUGGACCACUGACCCCGGCAGUUCUUCGUGUAAAAGGUCUAAGUAUGACAGCCGCAGCGGGUGUGCUAACAGGCUUGGCAAAGCUAAAGCGCCAAGACUCGGCCCGCUCUCAGCAACGGCCCAUCCCGCCCACAUCAGGGGGCCUGAGCACUGGCGCCUCGGAGGGUGCUCCAAGGAAACGUAAGCGGCGUGCGGAUGUUGUGGUCGUGCGCGGCAGGUUGCGCCUCUACUCUGCAUCGGGGUUCUUCCUCCUCUUAGGCUUGGUCAUCCUGGCAGUAGGGAUUGGCAUGGCCACACUGGGCUACUGGCCACAAAGCGAAAGCUCAUCCUCAGGUCAGCCCCCGCCUGGAGGAGGAUCUAAGACGCAAGCUGGCAGGGGAGCCAAAGCGUCCGACCGGGGAGACGCCAGCGAUGCCAGAGUGACUGCUGCAGCAGAUGACGCCACGGGGAACACCAGCACAAGUGGAAAUGUGGAAGGUUCGCCUUCCAAGCAACCGGGGGGCGCUCUGACGCGUUUCCUGGAGCAGCAUCGCCACUCUGAGAGGAUGAAGAUGCUCGGGCCCUUCACCAUGGGAAUAGGGAUUUUUAUCUUCAUCUGCGCCAAUGCUAUUCUCCAUGAAAACAGAGACAGAGAGACAAAGAUCAUCCACAUGCGAGACAUGUACUCCACAGUCAUCGACAUCCAUCGUCUGCGGCAGAGGGAGCACAAGCAGCACCUCCAGAACAACAACAUCUAUGCAAGAGAAGAUCUCCGAGCCUUCGGCGCCGAUUACAACCCUCUACUGGACUUCUCUUGGGUUGGAGGCGGAGGGGUCUCCAUGGAGGAGGAGGUACUGCUGGGUGAGGAGGAGGUGGAGCGGCAGAGGGAGCAGAUCAAGUUGGACUGUAGCUUCGCUGGGUUGUUGGCGCCGCUCUACAAAGAUCGGGCUUUCCCUGGUUUGGGUGCAUCGGACUCGGUGCGCCCUCAGUGGUCAGUGGAUGGGGACGGCGAGAAGGGAGGACACCACGCUCGCUCCAUCGUGUCCUCCUCCAUCUCGGCAUUUACACUCCCUGUUAUUAAACUAAACAACUGUGUUAUCGACGAGCCCGACAUGGAGGCUAUUACCGAGGAGGAGGCAGGAGGACACAGGAGAGACGGUGAGAUGUCACAACCUCUCAGCGCCAUGGAGUCUUUGGCGGUUCCGGUGGCGUCUGUUGCUAAGGCCUCCAAACCACCGGGCCUGCACCGGAGUAAUUCCGCAUCCUUCGCCUCAUCCUCCUCCGCCCGCUCGUCAGCGUCUUCAUCCUCCUUGUCUCCAGCUCCGUCCUCUACCUCCGGCUGCUGGCUGUCCCCCGGAGCAGCCAGAGCCGACUUUGGCUCUAACUCCUCCCUGCACAUGCUCAGCAGCCACUCCAAGUCUCUAGACCUGGAACGCAGGCCCAGCAUGCUCAGCGUGCACCAGGAGCAGCAGCGCAAACACCCCAGCUGGCCCCGCCUGGACCGCAGCACCAGCAGCCGCAGCAUCGCCAAAGGCUACACUCGGUUGGAGGACAGAGAGGACCACGGGGAGCGCCACAUGGAUGCGGCGGCGCCUGCCGCGGCCAAGCAUGACUACAGCAAGCGAGAGAAGCUUCUAAUGAUAUCGAGGUCGCACAACAAUCUGAGCUUCGAGCACGACGAGUCGAGCGGCGGUGGUGGCGCGCUGAAGAGGGGCAGCUCCGAGACCCGGUUCUGAGGUGUUCAAAGAACUUGUUUUGUGCUUGUUUGUAAAGCAAAUGGCGGGCUUUUUGGGACAAGCUGCACUUUGCAGGGAAGCAACUCAAAAGAUACUUGAAAGUAGAGCUGGAGAAGAGCUUCGGCAGGAACACAAGCAGGGCGCAGGUUUUUGGGUCAACGCCGUUCUGCUACAAAAGGCUUUGAAAGUAGAUUUUUUUUGUAGAAGUGUUAUUCAAUAAAAGGUGGCAAGCUGUCAUUUCUAGCAAGGUCAGUGGAAGUUAUUUUGUAAGCCAGGUCUGGUCACAAUAAAUGAAGGGCAAAACUAGCACUCCUACAAAGCUGAGCAACCUUAGUUAGGAUCGGCACCGGCAAAGAUCCUUCAGGGCAGCAUUUGCAUAUCAAAAUAUGGGAAAUAGGAGAAAAGAAGGGAUUUUCAUUCAUUCCCAUUUUUUCAUGGGAGGUAAAAAUACAGGAAGGAGACAAUGGCGCCAACUCACCACCAGCUGCGCCCAUCUCUUCACCCGAGAGUCCAAAACAUAUGGCUUCGAGUCCAACAACACGACUACGAAAUCGACCAUUGAACUGCGGCCCAGGGUGCCUUGAUGCCAAGUCCACAUGUGGACUCUCCGAGUUGGGGAUGAGAACCUGCCCCAAGUGGAGAAGCUCAAGUAUAAUGAAGGAAAGAAUAUCAACAGUGGGAUUGGUGCGGCGUCUGCAGUGAUGCGGACUCUGCAUCCGUUCACUGUGGUGAAGAGGGAGCAGAACCAUGUUCCAACCCUCAUCCAUGGUCAUGAGCUUUGGGUCGUGACCAAAAGGACAAGAUCGUGGGUACAAGCGAAUCAGAAUCAGUUUUCUCCGUAGGGGGGUUGGGCUCUCCCGUAGAGAUGAAGUGAGAGGCAACCAGAAGACACUCAGAGUAGAAGUUUUAGAGGAGGAAGUUUUUGAGGUGGCUCCCGGUAGGAGGCCUCGGGGAAGGUCCAGGACACAUACUGGCCUGGGAACACCUCGGCAUGUGCCAGGAAGAAGAGAAGAGGAAGAGAUUGGAAGAGGUGGGCCAGGGCACGGUAUGAUUGCUGUUGAUUGAUUGUUCUUCAUGAUAACCAACACACAUCAUCACAGCAACACACUUGUGAACUAUAGGUGGAUAAAUGCGUGUUGGAUAAAAAUCGUUUCAUUCUUCAUUUCACUCCUAAGAAUCUCCAUUUAGAUACAAGGUUGUGUUUGCAAAAAGUGCUUUUUCCUCUUCCGUUCCAUCCAGUGUGUUUUGUCAGCAACAAUGCUGUAUGUCUUCCGUUUAAUGGCACCCAUGAAUGCUUUUAACAGUUUAAACAGUCCCCAGUCAAAGCACAAGAAGUGCAAGAAUGAGCUCAAUGAAUCGUUGAUGUCUUGAAUAAACACUUUUUCAUGGAAACCUGCA